GAUUGGGGUAACACAGCCAGGAAGUGACGGCGACGUCAAUAACAACAUUUGAUGCAGUAAGAGAGACGCGCUCCCUGUUUUAACACCUUUAAAACUCACAGCUUACAACGAUGUCGUCGGAUUUCGAAGCCUACGAGCAGGAGUUUGGCACUCUUACCGCGGAAAUCACCAACAAAAUCGGCAGAAUACCCAAACUGGGUGGCGAGGAGAAGACGCAGCUGGUUCUAAAUGUCGACAAACAGCUUGAAGAAGUCAGAGAGUUGUUGGAGCAGAUGGACCUGGAGGUUCGAGAGAUUCCUGUCCAGAGCAGAGGAAUGUACAACAGCCGCUUGAAGAGCUACAAACAGGAGAUGGAGAAGCUGGAGAAGGACUUUAAAAGGUCACGUAUUGCCUACAGUGAUGAGGUGCGGAACGAGCUCCUCGGGGAUGAUGGCAGUUCCUCUGAGAGUCAGAGAGCACAUCUGUUGGACAACACAGAGAGGCUGGAAAGGUCAUCUCGGAGACUGGAGGCUGGCUACCAGAUAGCUGUGGAAACUGAGCAAAUAGGACAAGAGAUUCUAUCCAACUUGCACAGCGACCGUGAGAAGAUCCAGAGAUCCAGAGACCGGCUGAGAGAGACGGAUGCUAACCUGGGCAAAAGCUCACGUAUCCUGACCGGCAUGCUGAGAAGGUAAGAGGAAGGAUCAUUCAGAAUCGGAUCCUGGUCUUCAUCCUGGGCGCAAUCAUCCUCCUCACCAUCGUCCUGGCCAUCUAUUUCAAUCUGCGAGGGCACUGAUCUCCACUGACUGGUCCUGUGUGUGUGCGUGCGUGUGUGAUUAAUAGCGACAAAAGCGGGCUGGAGUAAUUAGGACAAAUUGUUCACAUGAAUCAUUCCUGGUGGGCAGUGACAGGUGAUCUCCUCUGCUCUCUCUCUCCCAGAGCAGAGCUAAACCUGAGUCUGCUCUCUUCCCCAUUUAUGUUUAUACUGCUAGGACUCUAAUCUUCCAGCCUUUUUGCAUGGCAUCUCCCUAUAGACUGACCAUUUGCAGGUGUCUGAACAAUAAGACAGAGGUGGAAGAAAUAACACCAAGUCUUUCUUUAUUUUGACCUGCUGUUUUAUUAUAUAUAUUUUUUAUCUUUAAUUCAUAAUUCAUGUUCAAAUUCCGUCUCUAUAUAUGUGUGUAUGUGCACAAGCAUGUGUAUCUAUAUAAUCCCAGCUGGCCUCUACCCUCUCCUGGGUGUGUGACGUGUGCAAAAAGGGCCUUGGUCAGGCCCCCAGUGCAGUAGCACUUAGCACACGGUGCAGAAUCACACACUACACACGGCCCAAAGGUCAAUGCCUUUAGCAGCAGACACACACACGCCUCUCUCAGUUGCGCUUCAUCCAGGAUUAGUAGCUUCUCACGCUGUUCGUCUAAGGUCAAUAAAGGCCUUGCGUGUGUUCAGGCAAACCAGCAGGACCACUUUUAAACCUAUGGCCACUCAUAGCUUUACUAAUGAUGUACGGCAUAAUCAUUUGUUAUAGCGCACACACAGUGUACUAAUGAGGAUUGUUAUCUGUAUUUAUUUCAUGUUGAUGGUUACUGUAUUGAUGUGUUUUCCCUCUUUCAGUUAAUAUGAAAUUGAUUUUAGCGAUACUGAAGACUGUAUUAUUUCUCUCUAAUAUAAAAAACACCAUAUUUCUCUGGCA